GUCCGCCCGUGGAUGUGGGCAUGCGGAUAGAGAUCGCCAGCAUCGACGUGGUCUCGGAGGUCAACAUGGACUACACCCUGACCAUGUACUUUCAGCAGUCCUGGAGGGAUAAAAGGCUCUCUUAUUCUGGAAUACCUUUGAACUUAACUCUGGACAACAGAGUGGCUGACCAGCUCUGGGUGCCGGACACGUAUUUCCAAAAUGACAAGAAAUCAUUUGUCCAUGGGGUGACAGUGAAAAACCGAAUGAUUCGACUCCAUCCAGAUGGGACGGUCCUUUAUGGCCUACGGAUCACAACAACAGCUGCUUGCAUGAUGGAUCUACGCAGAUAUCCUCUGGAUGAACAAAACUGCACGCUAGAAAUUGAAAGCUAUGGAUACACUACUGAUGAUAUUGAAUUUUACUGGAACGGAGGAGAGUCAGCAGUAACAGGAGUUAAUAACAUCGAGCUCCCGCAGUUUUCUAUCGUGGACUACAAAAUGGUAUCAAAGAGAGUGGAAUUUACAACAGGAGCAUAUCCUCGAUUAUCACUUAGCUUCCGGCUUAAAAGAAAUAUUGGAUACUUCAUUUUGCAAACCUAUAUGCCUUCCACGCUGAUCACAAUUCUGUCAUGGGUGUCCUUUUGGAUCAAUUACGAUGCCUCUGCAGCCAGAGUUGCUCUAGGAAUCACGACUGUGCUGACCAUGACCACCAUCAGCACCCACCUCAGGGAGACCUUGCCAAAGAUUCCCUAUGUCAAGGCAAUAGAUAUUUACCUGAUGGGAUGCUUUGUGUUUGUGUUCCUGGCCUUGCUGGAAUAUGCCUUUGUAAACUACAUAUUCUUUGGGAAAGGACCUCAACGUCAAAAAAAGACAGCAGGCAGGGCAGGACAUGCUACAGGCGAGAAGAGCAGGCUGGAAACAAAUAGAGUCCAGGUUGAUGAUGACUGUGGAAACAUGAUUCUCAGAGCGCUUGAAAUGCGAAGCGACGUGCGCAGCUCAGAUGUGCUCACGAGCCUCCCAGAGCCCCGAGCCACCACCUACACCUGCAGCAGUGCCAACCUGGAGAACAGAAGAGCCCCUCCCAGCAGAGACCUCUACAACAGGAGUGCCCUGGACAGGCACAGGCUCCAUCAAAAAGGACACUUACGCAGGAGGGCAUCCCAGAUCAAAGUCAAAAUCCCUGAUUUGUCUGAUGUCAACCUGAUAGACAAGUGGUCCAGAAUGGUCUUUCCCAUCAUGUUUAUUCUUUUCAAUGUUGUUUACUGGCUGUAUUAUGUCCACUAA